GCAGAACUAAGAGGAGAGAGGAGAGAAGAGAGAGGAGAGAGGAGAGAGGAGGGGGGGGUGAACGCGGGAGAACGUGGCAUUUACAGGUGUCAUCUCAAUACGUCGCGGAGGCUGAUACGUGGUGAAGCCAGGGAACAACACGUGGAUUGCUGCGUUGUGGGUGGGUGGGGCACCUAAAGAAUCUUCAGUGAACAAGCAGUGAAUCAUCGGAGAGAGGAGCAGCAGGAAAGGCAAAACACACGCGUGGAUUGCUGCGGCGUGGGUGGUGGGUGGAGCACCUGUCCUCUCUCUUGCUUCUCUCACAGCAGGAAAGCCGAAAAAGGGGCUCGUCUUCUCUUCUCUUCUCUUCUCUUCUUCGCUUUUGUUUCUCCAAUCGCCAUUUUUGUUGGUUGACGUCAACAGAUAUCCCACACCAAUGAUGUCUUUACCACGAAACGGCCGCCGCGACAACGUCCCACGUGGAGCUGCUGGGAGAUCUUUUGCGGGACCUGGUACACGUGUCAUCACCAGCAGCAGCUCUUCUAGACGUCUGACGUCACCAGGAGCCGCAGCAGGACUCCCACAAGGAAGACGACUACGAGGAGGAGGAGGAGGUGGUGUAGCGGAUCGAUCACACGGAGGCAGCAGGAGGACAUUGGCCUCCUGCCACGUGAUGCAGCUGCCAUCAAUGACGCCAAUCGCUGGCACCAGCGCACCGCCCCCCGCAGCUGCGGUAGUUGCGGGACCCAUAACCUCUUCUGGAGACACGGUCAGUGUGAUCCUGUUGCCGCCAGUGCUUCCCGCUGAAGCCCGAGUUUCAGACCUGAUGGAGGUCGUAUCUUUUCGGAAUUUCAGUUAUAAUCCGAAGUCCAGGUUCUCGUUCCAUGUGUUCCUGAAUUACCCCAGUGCUUCUCUCUCGUCUCCUCGAUCAGGCAACCCGCACUACGUGACUUCCUAUUUUAGCAUGAUGGGAUCAUCGACUGUGGUGACGAUGAACACGCAGGUGUCACUGCGUGGGACACUGCGGGCCUUGGGACUCUCAGGGAGGGACAGCAUGAGCAUCCAAGUGGUACCGGAGUUCGGUAAGGCGGGCUACAGUGUGACCUUCAAUGAAAUCGGCCUGGAAUAUCUCACCGGGCCGUAGAGAAGGAGGUGGAGCACGAGGAUGAGGAGGCGGAGGGAGGAGGAGGAGGAAGAGGAGCGAGGAGGAGGAGAAAAGGCAGGAGGAGGAGGAGGGAGGAGGAGGGAGGAGGAGGAGCGAGGAGUAGGAACUGAAGGAGGCGGAGGGAGGAGGAGGAGAAGGAAGAGCGAGGAGGUGGAGCACGAGGACGAGGAGGCGGAGGGAGGAGGAGGAGAAGGAAGAGGAGCGAGGAGGAGGAGGAGGGAGGAGGGAGGAGGAGGAGCGAGGAGGAGGAGAAAAGGCAGGAGGAGAAGGAGGAGGAGGAGGAGGAACUGAAGGAGGGAGGUGUGUGGUUCUGUGUGUCAGCUGGGCGCAGAACUGACUAGUGUC